AUGAAAGUUGAAGUUAGACCAAGCAAACAAGGAGGAUUAUACAGUCUUAAUCUUGGUUAAAAUAAUGGUCCAUAUUUGCCAAAGGAUAUCAUGCUUACAAAUUAAAAAUCCUUAAAGGUUAGAUCAUGUAACAGCUUAGCUCCUCCAAGGAGAUGAAGUCAGUAAAUCUGUGUCAUAAGUGCUUACAAGAGCUGGAAUGGGUUAACUUUAUGAACCUCCUGAUAUCUAUGAUGAGAAAUAGAAAUAAUUUGUCAAUUUAGAUGAAAAGUAUAAAACCAGAAUGAGUGCAAGUGAUAAUGUAGCUGCAAUGAGUACAUUAUAUACAACAUCCAUUAAAUAAUUAUAAGAAUCUUUAUUGGAAUAUAAAGAAUUAAUUAAAAAAACAGAAGUAAUUAAAUAUUUUGGAAAUGAUAGGAAGAACUUAAAAAAAUGAAUGAAAAAAUUAAUAAUGACAAUAUAACAAAUAUAAGAGAAUUAUAACCAAUGCUUAAGAGUUUUCAUAGCAAAUUAAAAGAGAGACUUCAUGAUGAAAAGAAUGAGAAUUAUAAGUUAAUGAGAGAAAUUGAAGGAUUGAAUAGAGAUAAAUUAUAAAUUCAGUAGAUAUUAUUUUAAAUAUUAAUUUAGAUAGUCUAUUCUAUUUUCACAUAAAAGAAUUAUGGAAUUAGAAAAAUUGGUUGGUAUUUAACAUAAAACAGAUUCCUUAUUUUCAUAAAAAAUUGAAGAAGAAGAUGGAAAUGAAAACGAAGAAGAAAUAGAUAAUUCUUAAAAAGAUUAAGACUCUCAAUUGUCUGAAUCAUAUGACUGA